CCGUCUGUUUCGGGCUUGGGACCCGCACCGUCCGAGGAAACACCAUGGCAACGACUACUUGCACGCGUUUUACAGAUGAAUAUCAGCUGUAUGAAGAGCUUGGCAAGGGGGCCUUUUCAGUGGUGCGCCGUUGUGUCAAACUCUGCACAGGCCAGGAAUAUGCCGCCAAAAUCAUCAACACCAAAAAGCUCUCCGCCAGAGACCACCAGAAGCUGGAGAGGGAAGCCAGGAUCUGCAGAUUGCUCAAGCACUCGAACAUCGUGCGUCUCCAUGACAGUAUCUCAGAGGAAGGCUUCCACUAUCUCCUGUUUGACCUGGUGACAGGAGGGGAACUGUUCGAAGAUAUCGUGGCUAGAGAGUACUACAGUGAAGCAGAUGCCAGUCAUUGCAUCCAGCAGAUCCUGGAGGCCGUGCUCCACUGCCAUCAGAUGGGGGUGGUACAUAGAGACCUCAAGCCAGAGAACCUGCUGCUGGCCAGUAAGUGUAAGAAUGCAGCAGUGAAGCUGGCUGAUUUCGGACUGGCGAUCGAAGUUCAAGGAGACCAGCAGGCUUGGUUUGGUUUUGCGGGGACCCCUGGAUAUUUAUCUCCAGAGGUGUUGAGGAAGGAGGCGUAUGGGAAACCUGUAGACAUCUGGGCAUGUGGUGUGAUCCUCUACAUUCUCUUGGUUGGAUAUCCUCCAUUCUGGGAUGAGGACCAACACAAACUCUACCAGCAGAUCAAAGCAGGGGCGUACGAUUUUCCCUCGCCAGAGUGGGACACGGUGACUCCGGAGGCUAAAAAUCUGAUCAACCAGAUGCUGACUAUCAACCCAGCCAAGAGAAUCACGGCCCAGGAGGCGCUGAAACACCCCUGGGUCUGCCAACGUUCAACAGUGGCCUCCAUGAUGCACAGACAGGAGACAGUCGAGUGCCUGAAGAAGUUUAAUGCCAGAAGGAAACUCAAGGGUGCCAUUUUGACGACCAUGCUCGUGUCCAGGAACUUCUCUGUGGGCCGGCAGACUACAGCCCCCGCUGCCGUCAGCACCGUGGCUGCAACCACUGCUGGCAUCGUGGAACAAGCAGCCAAGAGUCUCCUCAACAAGAAGGCUGAUGUCAAGCCGCAGACAAACAGCACGAGAAACAGCAUAGUCACCAGUCCCAAAGGCAACAUCCCUUCUGCUGCACUGGAGCCUCAGACUACUGUAAUCCAUAAUCCAGUGGAUGGGAUCAAGGAAUCAUCCGACAGCAGCAACACCACCAUUGAGGAUGAGGAUGUGAAAGCUCGCAAACAGGAGAUCAUUAAGAUCACUGAGCAGCUUAUCGAAGCUGUCAACAAUGGAGACUUUGAGGCCUACGCGAAGAUCUGUGAUCCUGGUCUGACCUCAUUUGAACCUGAGGGCCUGGGCAACCUGGUGGAGGGAAUGGACUUCCAUAGGUUCUACUUUGACAAUCUCCUCUCCAAGAACAGCAAACCUAUUCACACCACCAUCUUGAACCCUCACGUGCACAUGAUAGGCGACGAUGCUGCCUGCAUCGCCUACAUCCGCCUCACACAGUUUGUUGACGGGCAGGGACGUCCCCGCUCCAGCCAAUCAGAGGAGACCAGGGUAUGGCAUCGCAGAGAGAGCCGGUGGCAGAACGUCCACUUCCACUGCUCGGGAGCCCCUGCUGCCCCUCUACAGGGAUGAGGAACGUGAGACUCCUAGAGGAGAAGAGAGGAAUGAAUGGAAUGAUCGCAGGAGAGAGCGACAGCGCUGAGAGAGAAGCGCAGGUGGACAGAGAGAGAUUAAAGGAGCCUGAGGAGCAAACGGGGAUCGUGUUUGUCCGGCUCUCUCCAGACCCACCUCGCUCUUCUCUCUCCCUCUCACUGCAACCACAACAACAGACAGUAACACCAACCUGAUCUCCCACCCCCGACCCCCACCCCGCCCCCGCCUCAGCGUACAAGCAUACAGCAGAGAGCAUAUCAGCCACAAAGGAAACUCAGCAGACUCUACAGCCCGCGUCUUUUUUCCAGUCCGCCUGAAUGUGGCUACAGCCGACACCAACACACCUGGGCAGCACCUGUCCUUGGCUACCCUACACUCCUUAUCCUGCGCCACAAGCCUCCAGUGUGGCUCUUUCCCCCUUUUACUUCUAUUAAAGCAUAAGAUUAUUGUUACUUACUCCUAGUGUAAUUAUGGCUGCAGUCUGUUGUUGUUUUGGUUAAACUGUACAGUAUAUUUAAUGGAGCAUUUUAAACUCUCUUUGAUUCCGAUGUUUUCUUGUUUUUGUUUUGUUUUGUUUUUUUACGACGAGCAUGACUCUUAUCUGUAUUAAUAUUGCCAGUGGCUAAUUCUGCACGAUAAAGGCUGCCUGUGUGAAAUGAACAUACAGUACCACGUGUCUCACAGAGAGACCAGUGAGUGCAUUUUAAUUCUGGUUUUGUUUGUUUUUCGAUUGAGCUUUUUUUUUUUUUCUCCCCUCUCUGAAGUGUGGUCGACCCCAGCCUCCGCCUCCAUGUGUUGACUGGACCCUCUGAGCUACUCUGUGAGACCCUACGCACUUGCAAUGAAAAUCAUGCAGCAUGCUAAGAUAUUACUGUUGUUCUUACUUGACUCUAUAUGUAUUUAACAUUGCAAGUAAUUACUUAAAUUAUGAAAUGACAAUAUCAUGUUUAAAACUGUAGUAACACACUGUUAUGUAAAGCUCCAGUUUCAUCGUGGUGACUUAACUACAAUAUAUUGUAGAUGGUAUUUAAUUGCAUGAUAUUCAAAGUUAAUACAUUGGUAAGUUGGGUGUUACUGUGUGUUUUGUUGAUUUUUCUCUUUUUUGACUGACUGCUGGUGAACUAUGAAUUACUGUCUAUUUUCUGAGCUUUGUAAGUGCAUAAACUAUUUUUGCGUUUCGAUGAUAAUGCAAGAUAUGAGGAUAUGGGUGAAUAAGAUGACUUCAGUUUGAUGUUUUUUUUUUUAAUGAGCUGAGCUCGAUCCAGGUCAGAUACAAAGUGGGUUCCUAUCAGAUUAACAUAAAAUGCAAAGUAAAAGAUCCUAGAACAUUACUUUUCUUCUCAAGAAUCAAAACCGAUCUGGCUGAUAUAAAUAUCACAGCUCAAGAGUUCACAUCAGGAACUGUGGGUCUCAGUUUGGAGCCUUUCAACAUGUUUAAUUUCACAUUGCAAAUGAAAACAGAGCAUGGAAAAAUUGAACGAGGUAUAAAGUAUAAUUGUGGAAAACACCAAACUCUCAUCAAGUGGUUGCCAACAUCUCAUAGCAUAAAACUACAGCAGAUAAUGAUGCUGAAUUUCCCAAACGCAUUUGCAGUCAGAAUAAGUGUACAUAUUAUGCUGCUUGUAUUUGAGUCAACCACAGGGUGUCAAACGCUAAUUCCUCAGCGUAAACACCACUGUACAUACAGCAGAAGAUGAGGGCAAGGGUGGGCCCCUCUGGGUCUGAUAAGCAGAGAGCGAGAAGAGAGAGGCUAUGUGAAAGAUAAUGACAACCUUCUCAAUCAUUUGACUGUCUUGGGACUAUAGGGGGGGAAGUAUUUUUCCAGGCCUUCACAUACUCAAUUCAAGCCAGUAAAUUUGAAGUGAUCAUUCACCACACUUGCAGAAGAAAAUCAUGGAACCUGUGUUUAAUUUGCAAACCAGUGUGAAAGCUUGUUUUUGUGGGUAUUCAGUGGGUUUAGCUAUGGGAGUGAGUGGAUUUUUCAGACUUUCCAUUAUGCAGGCUGUCUGUGGUAUUCGUUUCCUUUGCUGUUGACACUUUGUUGCUCCUAUAUGGCAUGAAGCCAACUACUAUUAUAUAAUAGUAUCUGUACAUUUAGUGGGGUUAACAGCCUGGUCAUUGUCCCCUUAAGGCACCAAUCCAUGUUCUGAUAAUUGUGUGGCAGUGGUGUAAAGUUUAGAAUACAAAUUAAAGGCGACUAGUAACCUCCACCUUAAGUGCUUUAGAUGAGCCUCAUGAUUCUCUUUCUCAGUUCAGCUGAAUGAACAGGAGAUGACUGAUGACUGAAUAAUGGUUAUAUGGUGUUGCUGCGUAAAAGCAAACAUGUUUUCUGUUUCGUUUUUUGAUGAUGAUGAUGAUGAUGAUGAUGAUGAUGACGGUGGUGAUGAUGAUGCUGAUGAUGAUCCCUCCAGUGUGCAUUCCCAGUCCUAUCAUUAAUGAAAUGUGAUCAGAUGUUAUCAGUGUGUGAACCAAUAAAAUUACAAUGCAGAGAGCA